UGAUCUUCGCCCAUUGAAAGAAGAUCUUUAGUAAAAGCCGAUGGCCUCAAAGGAAGAGAAUUCGGAAGUGGAUGUAGGUCGGGAUGAUCGAACUAUUAUAAAUCGAUUUGAUUUACUAUUGCAUAUUGACCUACUUAGUAAGCAAUUCUUAUUCGCACUUCUUGAUAAUCAUAUUUUUAAUACUUGUUUCAUCAAACAAACUUUCAAAUCGAAAUUUUUCGAAAGCACUAAUUCACCCCCCCCCUCCCCUUAUAGUGUCUUUACGAUCCUAACAAUGUGAUGCAUGUGUGUAUUGUGAUUAUUAUUAUUAUUGGGACUCAUGAUAAUAUUACGUCGGUAAGCGUGAGGCGAUUAGAUUGACCCAUGUGGCCUUCCAUUGUUAUAGGAGAAAUCGAUUCCCAACAUAGGUUGAGUUGGUCUGAGUCCCUCGAGGCUCGCCUAUAUUGCGAUUCUAGAUCUUGCUUACGACGUAAAUAUGUAAUCGGUAACCUGAGGACAUUGUAUACUUGGUCGAGUGCCUCAAGGGAAUAUCGUCGAAUUAAACUCAUCUUGUAUUGAUGGUAAUGACUUAAUAUAACAUCAUGAUUGGUCGAGUCCUUCGAGGCCAUGAUGGUUCAGAGGUCGAACAGGAUGAGAAUCACAAGGAGUUAUUAUCGGCAAGUGUUGCAUACCUUUUCGGGAUUAGUGUAAUUAGUCAAGUCCCUUGAUGUUACACUAAGACGUCGAAUGGAUCCCGAUCCCCACUAGAGAUCCGUUGGGGGUCUCUAAUUCACAUAUCGGAGGGAAUUGUGUGUUUCGCGAGAAAAUAGUAGGAACAUAUUAAGAUAGAAAUUUAUAUAAUUGUUUACUUUUCUAUAAAAUCUACAUGUUAUUUAUUUUGUUAUAUCUUUAUUUUUAGAACAUGUCACUUUUAAAUCACUUAUGUGGCAUAGUUGAUAUCAACCGCCUCACUACUCCAAACUACAUAGAUUGACUCCGCAACAUGAGAAUCAUUUUCAUAGUAAAAAAAAUUGCGUACGUCUUUGACAUAGUGAUGACAGACAACGAUAAGCUGAUUCCCUUAUAUUGUGACAACUACGAAGCAAUUGCUUGGGAACUCGGGUCUCAUUAGAAGAGUUCUGAGGAGGUUCCAACUUAUUAGAGAGAGAAUGACCCGAGGAAAUGUAGCAGUGGAAAGAGUUUCAUCUAAAGAUAACAUUACUAAUUCAUUGACGAAGCCGUUGUCUUAGAUUAUCUUUAAACAUCACAAGGGUUUGAUAGGGAUCAGACACUUAAGUGAUUGAGUUUAGUCAAGUGAGAGAUUGAUAGUCAUAGGUGUACUAGUCAUAUGUGCCCUGCAAACCAAUCACGUGAGUGAUGACACGUGUGAUUGGCUUUUUUUCUGGAAUUUAAUUUUUUGUUCUUUCGUUGCGCAUGUAAUGAUUUCCCAACACUCUUUUCUUAGCUUAGGGUCAACUAGCUUCUUAAGAGGGGGCACGACUUGAAUUGCUUUGUGAUACUAUGAGGAUGGGGGCUCUCCGCCUCCUUUUUAUACAUGAGGAAGAGCUGAUGAAGUCCUAGCUAGGUUAGAACUUGAAGAGUUAAUCAUUCUCAUUUGAGUAUUUGUAAGACUCUGUUUGGGGCUUCAAAUUUUAGUAGAAUUUUGAUCGGAACAGAUAUAUACUAGAAAUGUCUGUAAUUUUUAUUGCUUAGUCAAUCAAAUUUCUUGUUUCUCUUCUAAAGUUUUAUUUUUUCUUUUAAACUAAGAGCAUGGAUCUCAAUUUUUUGGGAUGGCGGAGAUUCCAUAUCUAAACCAUUCAUUUUGGGUAAAUUGAGUUACAAAUUCUUUUCUUUUUUUUGUUUAAAAAAACUAUGGUUUAAGAUUAUAUGUACUAAUAUUUUAUUAAAGAGUGAGGCGGUCCCUCCGACGUUGCGACCGUUCCUGCAGCAGAUCCCUUCUCCGCCACGGCCGUCCACCCCGCGGCCGCCAGCUCCCAAACCCACCUGAAGUCAUCGCAUGCAUCAGCAACCUCCAAGGCUUCCCCACGAAAGCCGGGAAGAGCCCGUUUCCCGUUAGCCGACACUUAGCAUCGGAAUCCCACCCGGCGCCGGCAGCAGCCGCCGCGUGUCGCUGGCUCUCCCCCCUCCCCUCCCUCGUCAUAAUGGGCGCCGCUCGCUUUCCCUCUACAUAGUAAGUUGUUGGUGCUGCUUGCCACCUGUCGGUGCCUUUUACAGGACAGAGGUUUGCUGCGUCGCCACCUUCUCCCUAGCUGCAGCGAGACGACGGGACGGCAUGGGGCCUGAAGAGAAGAAGCAGAAGAAAUGCUGCCCUCUGAGGAGGUCAAGGAAGGGCUGCAUGAAGGGCAAAGGCGGGCCGGAGAACCAGGCGUGCACCUACCGCGGAGUGCGGCAGCGGACGUGGGGCAAGUGGGUGGCGGAGAUCCGCGAGCCCAACCGGGGCGCCCGCCUCUGGCUCGGCACCUUCAGCUCCUCCCUGGAGGCUGCGCAGGCCUAUGACAACGCCGCGCGCAGCCUCUACGGUGACUGCGCCAGGCUGAACCUGUCCGACGACUCCGGCCCCAGGCGGCCGUCCGUUAAGUCGGAGGCCUCCUGCUCGCCGACCUGCUCGACGGAGACGAGCACCAGCGAGUCAAGGGCGACCUUCCCGGGGAGCGUCCAGUCGCCGGCGGGUUAUUUCUGCGGCGGCGGGGGGGGCCUUGACGACUUCGAUGACUACGUUACGGGAUUGCCGAAAGCUGAGGAUUUCGGGCUGGAGGCUUUCAGUGACAUUCCGCUCUUCGACGACGUCGGCUUCGCGGAGACAAUGUUCGACAAGGAACUGCUGAGCUUUGACGCCAUGCAAUUGUCGUGGUGUUCUUGAGCAGCUGCUCUCUCUCUCUCUCUCUCUCUCUCUCUCUCUCAUAUAUAUAUAUAUAUAUGGGGGUGUGUAUAUAUAUGGGGGUGUAAUCGGAUAUGUAGUGCAAGUAGAUUUCCAUGAAAAUAUGUAUA